AUGGACGAUGAUGAAGUAGCCGCGAUGAUGGCGAAAGAGGCGCGCGAGAGUUUUGAGAGGUCCUCCGCUGAAGGCACAAGGGCAUAUGUACCCAGAAGUGGACCAGCAAGACACGCGCCAAAAAUUAAUGCGCGGUUCUUUCGCAACUUGGUCAGAGACACCGACAGCCAUAAUGCUUCUCUGAGGCGGAAGCAAGAGAAAGAGGCAGAAGACCACAAACGCCGCCUACAAGAGCAGUCUCAACGAGCCCCGGAGCGUACCCGUCAGGAUCCUCGAAGUGACCGUGAUUCUCGCCGCCGCGACCGAAAGAUACCAAGUGAGGACAAGAGUGGAGGCUAUCGCGACUCGCGUGGAAACAAAAAUCGAAAUGAACGCAGGCCCCCGAGGAGUGAUACAAUGAAUGAUGACGUUGACCUCGACACCGAAACCGGUCCUCUUCACGAUCUCGAAGUCGUUCCCUUAUUCCAGUCGAAAGUCCAGGUCUUAUCGCAUCGUCUUUCCGCGGCCGAGGGGCCUGACUCUCGGGAUCGCAGGUCCUCACACGCAGAACACCGGCGCAGGGAUUCUUCAAGCAAUGAGUCGGACACUGCUGCUAGAUCGGCCCAUCAAAGUCGGCCCGUUCCUACUAAGUCGACGGCAACCGAGCCACGAUCUUUGCCUAUCAUAAAACGCCGUAAGUACCAUUCGAGCGACGAAUCAGAUCCUUUGGAUGACUUGAUCGGCCCUCUUCCUCCGAAGGCCGGCGAGGAGCCUGUCCGAUCCCGCGGAAGAGGAAUCUACAACGCCAACCCGAGCACGAUCGACUCCCACUUCGCGCCAGACUACGACCCGGCCUUGGAUGUGGAGCAGCCUCGCAGGAGCAUUCCGGAUCGUCCAUCAGCCCGUCGUCAAUCUAUGGGGGUCUACAGUGAGUCGGAGUCAUCCUUGUCUCCCGAGGUCUCCCGCGAUCGAGCAUACUGGACGCAGAGAGGAGAAGCAAGGCUGCGUGCAGCUGGAUUCGACGAAGCAUUGAUUAACAGGGUCACAAAACCACCUAAAGCAACAGUGUCCGAUGAGCCCGAUCUUGAAGGCCUGCGGUGGUCGCGGAAAGGUGAGGGCCGAGAGUGGGAUCGAGGCAAGUUCACGGAUGAUCAAGGCCAUACUGACGUCCGCCCCCAAUGGUAG